ACUUUCGCUUCUCAAUCUCAGAUCAAAUUUUUGAGACUUGGGUUUUUAAUUUUCUAUUGAUUAUUGCUGUAAAUUUCAAGUUUUUAGCAUUGAAAUGUGAAGUUGAGAUUUUGGGUUUUUCAAAGGCUUGGAUUCUGAAUUGUGGGUUUAUUGGAAUUUGGAUUGUAAGUUGCAUGCAUAGAGGAAUUUUGGACAAUAAGCGUAGAAGCAUUUGCAAUUUUUUUUUUUUUUUGGGUGUUUGGUUGUUGGGAAAAUGGAGGAAUAAUUAUAAAAUUCUAGCCAUGAUAUAUAUAUUUUUUUCCAACAAAAGAAAAAGUUGAUUUUUUUUUUCUUAUUUUUGUCUUCUUUGCUUGGAUUUUUUUUUUCAAUGAUUUAAUGUUGUUUUUGGUACAUAAGAGAGAAAUCCAAACUGGGGGAAGGGAGAUCUUAACCUUUGACCUUAAUCAUUGUGACUAGCGGUAACAACCGCUAAGCGAAGAACAAGUUGUGACGAUUUAAGAUUCAGGUGAAAUGCAGACUGAAGAGAAUAAAGUUUCUCUAGACGUGAAUAAAAAAAGGAUGCUCAAGACACCAGCCCAGAUUAUGGCUCUGGAGAACUUCUACAAAGAGAAUAGAUUUCCUUUGGAUGAAAUGAAAGCACAAUUGGCAGUUCAGAUAGGGUUGACAGAAAAGCAGAUAUCUAGUUGGUUUUGUCACAGAAGGUUAAAAGACAAAAGGAGAGAUGAAUCUUAUGCUAAUGGGCGACAGGAUCAUUCUAGUGGUGUUAUUCAGGAUCAUGGUAGUGGGCUCAGGCAAGAUUCUUGUGGCAGUAUUAAGCAAGGGGAUUAUAGGCAUAUUGAUCUGAGGGAGGUUGAAAGUCGAAGGAUUUAUGGCCAAGAGCCUCUGGCUGCUGACCUUACAUAUGAGCAUAGGAGUCAUCAAAAUCCAUAUGAUGCUCAUAUGGAGGAUACAUCUUCUGAAAGUAGUUCAUCUUUGCAUGAUCAGCUUUUUUCUGAAAGUAGGGAUCCUUAUGACAUGCAAGUUUCUGAUAAACUUACAGAAAAUGGAGCACUUAUGCAGAUAAACCCAGGGAGUUCUAAAAGUGUGGGUUAUAAGCCAUCAGGAUAUUUGAAGGUUAAGGGUCAAAUUGAAAAUCCUGCUAUUACUGCUGUUAAGAAGCAGCUGGGGAGGCAUUAUCAAGAAGAUGGUCCAGUACUUGGUAUUGAAUUUGAUGCACUUCCUCCUGGUGCAUUUGAGUUCCUGAGGAGCAAUCCGGUCAAUGCAGCGUCAAUCUAUGUUGGAGAUCCCCAACAGCCCCAUUCUCCUGAUAUCUAUGGAGUUAUAAAGCAGCCGAAUCUUAACAUUAUAAAUGAAGUACAUAAUUCCAAGAUGAGUUCUCAGGAUUCUUGUAUGGAGGGUACAAAAUUUAAUACUGUGCAUGGGUCUGAAAGACAGGAAAGGAAAUCUCACCAUCAAUUAAAAUACAAGUCUUCUGUUCUUUGUUCCAACCCUUUUCCUGGCCAGAACUCUUUGUUCGAUAGCAAUAAAGGUUCUUCUGAAAAAACUGCUGUCAGUGAUUGCAAAAGAAGUGGGAUGAGCUCUAAGCUUUCUGUUGAAAGGAUGGGAUCAGAUUCUCUUUCUAACCAUCCUGGCUCCUAUGGUGGGAAAAUUGCUAAUGAACAAGAAAAGUCUUGGUUGCAUGACAAUGAUAAUCAUACCUAUAAGGCUCCAAAGAAUGAAAACCUGUCUAGAACUUCAAAUUUGAUACAUCGGUGCAGUGAGUUCAUAGGUCCUGAGAGAGGGCCCUCUGCAAGGAUGGCAAAGGUGGAGAAACCUGGUGGGGAGUGGAAGCUAAAAAAGGGGUUCCCGGUCAGAGUUAAAACUGAUCCAACAAAUGAACUGAGAGUUGCCAAACGAGUCAAUGUUGAAUUUCCUCUGCAAGAUUUUGUGGCAAAUGCAUCACAUGCCAGAUUGCCUCUGUUGACAAAUCCAACUAAAGGAUCUUCCAUGGAUGUACCAUCUAGCUUCAGCGAGGAUGAAACUGCAGAAACUAGUUCUUCCUCGGGUUAACAACACUUAUGGUUGAUGGAUUGUACUUUGUAGAGAGGCUGUCUGGAGUCCUUGAGACCCGUAUAACGUUGUAUAAUUGCUUUUGUACAUCUGGGAAAAAGAUUGUCUUCCAUCUUACUAACUGGAAAGCACUGCUAGGAACAUUGGGCUUGGACAGCAUUUUUGUUCAUUGUGUUCUGUCCUUGAAUAGUGUUCGGCUGUUAAUAUACGUACAAAAUCUUUUUUGAUUA